UUAUCCUCCCUCUGAUGCAACAACCUCUGGAUUCCCCCUCCUCCACACCAUUAUCACUGAUGGCCGAUCCAUUCAUUGAGCACAGUGAGUGGACACAGGGGUAGAUGCCGCAAAUGAGAUAACAUUAAGCUAACUAAACCUUGGAUGGUUGGUCUGCCGGCGUCAGUUAGCAUGCAGUCACCCGCGGUGGACGACGUUAGCUUCGGUCAGCAGCUAACGAUAGAGCCUCUAACGUUAACCUCACCGGCUUCGACUCUCUGAUGUCCCGGGCUGAACUUGUCGCUCUCCUGUAAGUUGAGAGAAAGAGAAACCUCUUCUGACAACUCUUUUGGACACCAUGGCCCCACACCCUGUGGUCCAGGCCAUCAUUGACCUCUCUGCAGGAGCCGUAGGGGGAGCUGCAUGUGUCUUCAGCGGGCAGCCUCUGGACACGGCAAAGGUUAAGAUGCAGACCUUUCCCACGAUGUACCGGGGUUUCAUCCACUGCGUCGGGUCCACCUACAAACAAGUGGGUCUUCGUGGCCUCUACCAGGGCACCACUCCGGCACUGAUGGCCAACAUCGCAGAGAACUCUGUGCUCUUCAUGAGCUACGGCUUCUGCCAACAGGUCAUCCGCUUCACGGCUGGACUCCACAGUGAAGCUGUGCUGAGCGACAUGCAGAAAGCUUGUGCUGGCUCAGUAGCAUCCAUCUUCUCCUCGCUAGUACUCUGCCCCACGGAGCUUGUCAAGUGUAGGCUGCAAGCCAUGUAUGAAAUGGAGGCAUCAGGCAAGAUAGCUAAGAGCCAGAACACAGUGUGGUCUGUGGUGAAAUCCAUAAUGAGGAACGAGGGACCACAAGGCUUCUUCCAGGGCCUGACCACCACCAUAGCCAGAGAGGUCCCUGGCUACUUCUGCUUCUUCGGUGCCUAUGAACUGUCCCGCACCGCCUUUGCAGACUACAUGAAAUGUGAAAAGGAUGACAUAGGUGUGGCUCCGAUUGUGUUCAGCGGUGGUUUCGGAGGGGCGUGUCUGUGGCUGGUGGUCUAUCCUAUGGACUGUGUCAAGUCUCGGAUCCAGGUCAUGUCAAUGACGGGCAAACAGGCAGGGUUUUUCAAAACCUUCAUGACCAUUGCUCGUAGCGAAGGUGUGAGGGCACUCUACUCUGGUCUUACCCCCACCAUGGUCCGCACCUUCCCUGCUAACGGCGCACUGUUCCUGGGUUAUGAGGCCAGCCGGAAGCUCAUGAUGAAACAGUUUGACAACUAAAAAGGGCCCAUAUGCACAGAACAAGGAGCGGUGAACUGGUAUUAUAGCCAUAUAACCUCAUUAGAACUCCCAGUUUGAGCUUUGAAGCUCAUGUGUGACACACUCCAUCUCUUUUAAUCUUAAAAAGAAAAACACCUUUGACAUAGUGAUUAUUUUAAAAACUGAUAGAAAUGUAUUUUUAGAUCUGAUUAUUCUUUGUUUUUAACUCUCCAAAAAUGCUGCCACCGUACAGUAUAUGAGAAAAACAUAUGUAGUACAGUAAACCAGCCUCUUUAUGAGGGAAUGUCAACACUCCAGUUUAUUAUUUUAUGUCUACCUCAACAAAGUUGUAUCUGCAAAAAAUGUUUGUCUGCCAGUCGUUUAAAAUCAUUCUUUACUUGCUCUGUAUGCAGGUACACGAGUAAGAAAACUACUCCAUUAGUUGGUUGUCAGGUUAUCUUUAAUGCACAAAAUCUUGAAAACCUUACUUGAGCUCAUUGCAUGACGAUUUUAUUUGAAAAAGAAAUUUAUUAAAAAUGUGAUGUGGCAUAUACAGAUUCAUUUAAGUUGUCUAGAAUGUGCAGUGAUGAUGUGUUUUCAGUUAUUUAAGGUUUCAGAGCGAAGUAUGCACCUCAGGUUUCACAUGCUGGUUUGUUUAAAAUCAAAAGAAAACGCAGAUCUGCUAAUAGAUGCCCUAAAGCAUGUGUCUGCUUUUCAGAUAGCAUCGACUAUGGGUUUCAUCUCGAAAGAAAUACACAACCAGCAAGUGUUUUAAAGUUUAGCCUAAAAUCUUUUCAAUCAUCUCAAACUGAGGGUGUCAUACUGACUGUUUUUAUUUCAUCAUGCUGUAUUCCACUCCUGUUGUGAUUAGUGUUAUUAUUAACUCUUUCCUCCUUUGGGACCCAGUGUUUGCCUUUUAAAUAAGUACAUUUUGCCUUUUUUUUUUUAUAACCUUUAUUGUUCUGUACAAGUCAGUGGAAAAAUAUAAGCUGCUGCGUCUAAUGUGCCAUUAACACACAUCAUUCCAUGUGCGGGAUUUUUUUUUUCCCAGUGCUUAGUAGUUGGCAGAUCAGAAUUUUCAGUCAUAUUCCUGUAAUUUCAUUAGAGAAAUGUAGAUAUUUUAUUCAGACAAUGUAAGCAAUUUGAAAUAACUCAUAGAUAUUUGUACCGGUACACAUAUCAAUCCAAUUGUAGUAAUUCAACCAACAUUAAAGGUGUCAGUGGA